AUGAGCGACGACUUCGAGCGCGCGCAGGUCCGCACGCGGCCUCGGCGUCGCAGCCGCAGCAGCGGCGCCAUCCUCAACACGCCGUCCAGCCGCACGCUGCUGCCCAGCGACGUCAUGGAGCUCAGGCGCAGCGCGUCGGCGGACCACGUGGUGGGCGCGGGGCGGCGCCUCAGCCGCUCGGGCUUCAACCCGUUCAGCAACAGCGGCGGCGUGGGCUCCUCCUUCCGCUUGAACAGCGCCGGCUCGAGCUUCCGCGCGGGCGCGGGCGUGCCCGUGUCGUCCUCGGCGCUGCGCAGCCACGCCAGCUUCUUGAUGAUGGACAUCGACGCGGCCAGGCAGUCGGUGGACGCACAAUCGCAAGCUGCCAGUGCGCGGGCCGCGAGCUUCGACGAGGAAGACGGCGUGGACGACGGUGGGAGAUUGACCCGGAACAUGCUGGGGGACUCGACUGCUGGGAGAAGAAGCAGCGGCAGCGAGAGAUACAGAAGAGCGUCCUCAUUGGAUUCGAGUCCGCCACUGCCCCCGGAUAGUACGAUAUCGGCGGAGGAGGUGAUCCGGGAGAGUAUGGCGAGUGCGCUGAGCUCGUCGUUGUAUACAGACAAGGAUGAUUUUUUAUUGCCGCAUCAACGGCGGUCUGCUGCUGUGAAUGGGAACUUGAAUAUUGCGGGGUCGGAGCGAGACUCGUUGGCCAUGUCACGGCGCUCGAGAGACAGCUUGGCGUUUUCGUUUUCGAGUCGCAGCACCUUUCGGAGGAGUACGAUAUCGGAGCAGAUGCUGUACGAGACGGAUUUGUUCGAACCGGAACGGGAAUUGAGUGCGCGGGAGCUGACGGAGGUGCUGAGUGGGUCGGAUGAAGAUGCCAAUAGUUAUGAAGUCACUAGUAUAAAGGAGGAGGAGGAGGAUGUCAAGCUAGAGAAUGCCAAGUCCAGGUGGGCGCAACAUGUUAAGCUCAAGGCACGGAGCUUCCUAUACUCGACAGUAUCAGGCAAUAAGAAUGGGGCUUCUGUUGCUGAAAUUUGGGCGAACAAACAGAAGCAAAUUCUAUCGCAAAUGAGCAGCGGUAGUGGGUUUGGCGCGAUGUCGGGCGCGCCGUCUUCAUCGAAUCAUCACCACUCUUUGCUUCCGUUGCCAUCGUUCGGACCUGCAUCAAAUGGUGGCGCCAAGUUUCAGAAGUGGAAUCGAUGGAUGCACGAUCAGUACCAGCAUAAUUUCGGCAAAGUGAUGCAGCGCGCGUUCAAGGACGAGGUUUUGCAGCAGCAACAGCAGUUCCCCUUCCCAGCGCAUCAACCGACUCCAGACCCGACGACGCUUAUAUCCAUAGAGGAAGUUAUCAGCAACCCGCGCAUGAUGCGGUACUACGCGGCCUGGCUUCCCGAUCCUGCAGACCAGAGUAAACUAUUUUUCCUCUGCUCGUUUGAGGAGUAUCGCCAGUUUUGGUGCACAUUGCGCGCUAACUACCAGAAGAAGCCUUUUGCGAAGGACGACGUGCUAAUGCUGCGCACGUACGGCGUUAAAAUUGCGAUGAAAUACCUUGCCAAGAACGCGCAGUUCCCAAUCAAUGGCACCGCUGAUGAUGAGGGUGGAAGUGACGAACCUCCUAUCGUAGACUCAAACAAGCUACGCAGCAUCAAGCACGAUCUGGCGGCGGGUGGUGAAGAUGCACUACGAACGUUUGACGAUGUCGCUGUGAAGGUGAAACGCGUGCUCAUGUUCAAGUUUCCGGAGUUUCGCAAGACCGAUCUUUACACUGAAAUGCAAAAGACCGUGGAGCGUGAAGUCAUUUGCUUGGAAGACAUCCUGAUGAAUCAUCGCUUCGCCAACUUUUUCUGGAUCUUCCUGUUCCCGCACAACUAUCAUCGGGAAAUCGCGCUGUGGCUGGACGUCGAGUACGAGUUCAAGCCAGCGUUCCGCAUUUAUAUGGCCCUGCUCAAGUCCAGCGGCAGCUCUCGAAGUGCUGCGGCGCCUAGCAGCACAAGCAGCAACCAACGUCGUGAGCGAAUAGAGCAAGCUGCGUAUCGCUGCAGAAGGUUGCUCAAGUAUAUCUCUCAGAAAUACUACGCUGGGGAUACCGAGAUGCAGACCCUGUCACGCACCCUGGUAACAUCAUGUGCCCGCCUCCAAGCGGAACAAGACGCGAUUUUGACCAAGUUCAGCCUCAUCCAUCUGGAGCUAUACCAUCGCUUCCUCACAAGUCGUGCAUACGCUGAGUUUGCGCUGUACCCGAAGCUUUCGCCUGAGGACGAGAAGGACUCGAUUGACGACUCCAUGCGUCUCUCAGCGCUGCUUUUGAGUUAUGGGCUUCGUGCGCAUCACUGGACGGGAGGUAGUUCAAGUUCUUCGUCAUCUAGCACAUCGUCAUCCUCGUCGUCUAGUUCGCGCGAUGCUGAAACCACAACACCGAAAAAGAAGACUCUUGACUCGCUCCGGACUGCGCGAAGCUUUGAAGCCGUAUCUGGUGUACUCACUUUUGAAGCUGUAGCAGUGCCCCUGAGUGCGGAAGACGCCGAAAAUGGUGCUGACGAGAAUGGUGGUACAGUGUUCGAAGACUCGAUUGAACUGCAGGUAGUGCAGCACCCAUUGCCGCAUGACCCGGCCCCACACCCCGUGGACAAAUCCGUUGAGAAUUUCCUGGUUCCCUGGUGUGCGGAUCCGAGGCAUGUAGUGCUCACAGCACCAUCCUGUCCAGCACCUUUGGCUUUCAACUUUCGAAUGGGCGAUAGCAGUGCUGGCGCGUCGGUUGCCGAGUUGUUCGCGGCGUGUUUAGUAUUUUAUAAGCCGGCACCCCCCUUAUCGCGUCGGGCGCUCGAGUCAUCACGAAUAGAAUCUGCUGCGGGGUGCCGAUGGGUGCCUUAUGGCGUGUGCGUGCUGUCGAAGUUUCCGAUGGUGGAUCUGCUGCGAGAGCGCCUCGCUGAGGCGUAUGAAUUCAUUCUGGAGCUUGAGACCAUCGCUGCUGCCGCCGCCGCCAAUGGAGACGGCAAGGGAGUGCUUCAUAACGGUGGACAUGGCUUCCAGCUGGACAAGAAAGUUCUUGCCAAGUUGACUCGUGCCGUUGCCAAGGAGCACAUCUCGCAAUAUCACCAGCCGUCACCGCUACCGGAAUCAUCUCUUCUUGAAGCCUCGGGUUUAACCCCUAAGGCGACAUCGGGCUCGCUUCUCGCAGCUCUUCCGCGUCUUGACCACUCUGUAAGACUACUAUUCGACACGCUGGACGUAUCUACUGUGCUUCUCGUCUUCACGGCAGCACUGCUGGAAAAUCGCAUUCUGCUGGUAUCAUCGUAUCUCUCGGUGCUGAUGAAGGUCGGCGAGUCCUUGCGAGCGCUGAUGCACCCUUUGUUCUGGCCACACGUGUAUCUGCCAGUUCUUCCUCGACGAAUGCUGCAAUUUCUCGAGUGCCCCACGCCUUUCAUCUUCGGCGCUGAGAAGCAAGCUCUUGAAGAAGCCCAACGCCAAGUGGUUGAAGAAGGUGGCGAUGAUUUGUUUGCGGGUGCUGGAGAGGAACUACUGGUUGUGGACUUGGACAAGGGAGCUGUUUUACGUGGAGAAGUGCCCUGUGCGCUUCCGGAUAGCGUGAGGUUUGCAUUACGUGAUGCACUGUACGAAUGCCUCAAGCCUAACGUGAGUCGUAGUGAUCACGUGUUUGCACACCACUUCCCAAGCAAGCCGCUUGUGUUUCCGGAGGUGGCAGUGCGCGGACUCUUCCUCAGGGCUGUCAACAAGCUCAUCGGCGACUUCGGCUACCACCGCUACGUCUGGACAGACGAGUUUGCGCGCAAGCGCACGGUCUUCUUCGACGAGGCUAGCUAUCUUGCGGCGUCCGCACCCGAUAUGCGUGAGUUCCGCACGCUGUUCAUCGCCACGCAGGCCUUCUCGGAGUUUAUGGUCACACAUCACGGCUUCGAGGAGCAACCAGGCCAGUCGAACGGCGCGUCUGUACCUCCCCGUUCAUCCCUGGCACCUCCAAGGAAAUCCGCGUCUACGCCCUCUACUUCCUCGUCUUCCUCUGUGUCAUCGCAGCCGCGGACUUGA